GAGCUUGAUAAGUCUCAAGGUGAUGCUGGUCUCCUGACAGCGCGCAUUACGGCUCAAGAGACCAGCACGAUUCAAAAAGACGCAAUGCCACGCUCGGCUCCCUGUAGCUCGAACAAAGAGGAUGGCACUUUGACUAACCAGACAUUACCAGGAUCAAGAGAGCAGAGUCUGCAUCCGAUACCUGGAGCUGACGCUCUCCCACCACCCACCUUGAUUCCCUGUGGUGCCCGAAACCUGGACAAAGAACAGAUGGCGGACGCCACCAAUACGGGGCCACCAGAUCUUCCUUUGGUGGAGAGUGCUGAUGACGCGACUUCGGCAUCACUUAUUGAAGAUCAGACUGAACCCACCAGUCGCAAUGUGACCGAUCCUGACAGUGAGGCUCGCAAGACCAGUCAGACCACUGAAAACGAAACGCCAAGUACACAGACGAUGCAGCCGGAGAACGCAGACGUUGAUGACUCAGACUCCACCGUGGUUAGAGAUACGGGCUAUCAAGAAGUCGCCGCAGAGUCGCACAAGUCAGACGCAGAGUCAGAGUCAGACUAUGCGCCCGGCCGGCGACGAGUCAAGCGUCGGAGAAUCAUUCGCCCACUGAGCAGUGACUCGUCUGAGGAAGAAGAGCAAGCAGCUUCGCGAAGAAACACCAGAAACAGUCGAAGAAGUCCUGAUGAUGAGUCGGCGAAACAUCAACCACCUGCCACGCGAAGCUCCCGCAGGAAAACACGGUCAAGCCUGGUACAAAAGGUGGUAGAACCUGACGAUACAGAUGACGGUUCUGUCCUUCCAGCAAGAUCGUUGAGGAAGAGGCGGAAGGACUCUUCCAGGAGCUUGCUCAGGCAGUCCGAAGAUGUGAACAUACGUGCUUCUCCACGGCUGGCUGGCAUAGCGCUUGUGAAUGUGGAUGACUCCAGAGGUACCCGUCAAUAUCGCUCCGUCGCUGAUUGGGUGGAUGACGCUCCUUUCGAUGGGUUUUAUCUAUCAUCAGUGGAUAGUCAUCUCGUUUCGGCGAAACUGAGGCGUUGGGCGCAGAGUCACGAGCUAAAACUUGCUCGAAUGGUAGCACAAAGUAGAACGCUUACUCGGGAUAGCAGAAGCCGGUCGGCGGCGGCGCUUACCCAGUGCGAGGGUAGAGUGAAUGAUGCUUCAGUGGCUGAAUCUACCGCUGGAAGUGCAUCUUCACGUAAUCACGCUGACCAGAGCUCAGAAGUUUCGAUGCUCUCUGAGAAGACAGCAUCUCAAAUGCGCCCCUGUUCUUCGAGGAACGCAAGUGACAGGGCCGGUCGGAGAGCGAUGGCAGUGGAAGGAAUCGAGAUCGGCUCAACAGAGGACGAUGCAGCCUCAUCGUCACCAACACGGACAAGAAGUCUUCGACGACAGAGAAACAGCACAACACCGUCACAAUCGCCAAGACAGCUGCGACACAACCUCAGAAGCGCCAGUGUUGGUAAAACUGCAGGUGGUGACCACGAAUCUGAACGGAAGCACUCUCUGACGGCCGAGCGUCGACGAACGAAGGCCACAGAGACCGCAGAGCAGCCAGCUCCAGGAAACGUCCCCGCAACAAGGCGUCGUGGAACACCACUCAUCGAAACCCCAGACAAGGCAGAGACCGAGUCUUCCACGACGGAACUCCGACGAACGAGAACAAGUAGGUCAGUGGAUGAGGCAGAACCGGCUCUAGAAAUGUGUCGACUCAAAAGUAGAGCCACCGAGACCGCAAGCGAAUCGGAGGUCUCCCCUACGAGCCGACGCCGCAGAUCCAGAACCAGUGAGACCUCAUCAGAGACGGCAGUAGAACCGAGUGUCCCGGAAGUAGUCCGACGCCGGAUGCCUACUCGUCAGGACGGUAUAGAGGACGGCUCAACCGGGCUUCGAUCUCCCCGAGCGGGAAGGCCUGGUCUCCGACGAGAAAGAAGGGCAGUCGAAACCGAUUCCGGAGAUGAGAAUGCCAAGGAAGUGGGAACGAAGGUAUCGCCGCUGCACCCACAGUCGCCACUAGGGCAGAAGAACUCGGAGCGUUCGAACUUGGUGGAAACGGCGUCGCCCAUGAGACAGUUGAGGAGCAGGAAGUGUAGUGAUGCUGUGGAGGUGGCGUCUAGUCUUGGUGAAAAUCUGCAGGCUUCUUCUCAUGAAGUGUCACCUGCUGGUAAGGCCGUUAACGAAGACCAACCGAAAACGUCUGCGUCCUCAGAGAAGUUGGAAUUGGCGUCAAGUGAUCCACCCUCUCUCAGACACCCUUCUAAAGAGUCGAGCGAAGCUUCUCAUCUGCAAGUUCCGGCCAGAAACCUCGCAGUUAGACCAUCUGCUCUUAGUGAAGAGCCUCGUGCUGACACAUCUAACCCUAUCACAUCAUCUGCCCUUUCAUCUGUUACCAUCGCUCCGACCCGACUGGCCAUACACCCUGUGGAGGCUCUGCUGAGACCAUCCAGAGUUCUCCGAGCGAGACCUACAGCUAGGCAGGUGUCAAUGCCCGGUAGCCGGCUCAGCAUGGAGCCUAGCAAAGCAGCUUCAUUUGCCGGUAAGAGCGACCCUCUGGUACCGUCUGUCAGCAAGACCUAUCUGUCUCAAGCUACCAGUAAGAACCCUUUGCCCACGGGAGAGGAAGGAUGUAGCAACGCCUUGGCGCAACUCUCAAGCAAAGAUAACGUGGUCGUAAAUGCAUAUAAGGGCGAAACAACCCGGUCCGAUGUGUGUGACCAAGCUCAGGCUAGCGAGGACAUGGAGCAUGAGCGUGCAGAAACCCUUGAACAGCAGCCAACAGUUGGUGGAGAAGCUGAUGAAGCUGUUGACGACAAUCACGAGUGGGCUGCCGAAGUAUCGUCAGACUCUGACAGCUCAGGAGAUAAUGACAGUAGGCUGAUGAUCGAAGAUGGCUCCAUGGACAUGACCCAGGACUCGACCGAGCCAAGUGCGCGUUGUGUUGAGGAAGCCCACACCGGUGAUGCUGAGAGAGAAAUUGUGGAUGAUGGUUCGCGUGAUAGAGUUCGUGGGGAGGUAGCGAAGGCAGGUGUAGAAGAUUCGCUGACGGAUGAAGGAAGAUCAGAAUCUCCGAAACAAGCCCCCGCACAGAAACCAGGUCGUCUUCCUCAACGGGAGAGGAAAGGCUCCGACGAAGGAACACUUGGGAAGUUCACCAGAGUGAAACCUGGUCCAAUAUCGUAUCCUGACACUGGCACAGAAACAAGAUGUCGUCCGACAAAAGUGCGGAGGGAAACCAGAGCAGGUGACUUGACUGCGACGAAAGCAGUUGGGCGAGAAGGAGAUAGCGAACCAAGGAAACGCAAAAAGCGAGCAAGCGAAGGAGUUGUCACCUCGGCUCUAACCAAAGAGGCUUAUGCUCCCGAAAGAGCUGUUGGUCUCCCGACGAUGCACCCUACAGCGCAAGAAAAUGCAGCAGCUAAGCGGAGCUGCAAACAACAGGAACAUGCAGCCAGUCAAGAAGAUGAACCUGAGAUGGACACGACAAGUCUACCGGACUCGGUCUCCUCAUUGAAGGAGACAGUGGAGCCUGCAAGUGGUGCUCGAAAGGGUAGGAAGAAACAGAAACGUCCCUUGUCGCCGCCUUCAGAUGACGUCAUAGAAACAGCGACCCCGCAGAUCAAUCAAGACGUUGAUGUGUCGGAGUCUCUUCCACAACGUCCUGCGGCGCCAAACGUCUUUGUUCGCCCAUCCCGCCCUGUGUCUGUGACUGGGUCCCUGGAAGGCCCACCGAGGAAGGAAGUUGGUCGCGGCUCGCGGCUUCUGGCCAAACUCCGCAGAGCUAACAGCCGGUCAUCAGCAACACCGACGCUUCCUUCUCGUGUUGGAGCAUUCGCGACUAAAACUUCGUCUCAAACCCCGGUCAUCAGCUCGGCGGAGACGACGACCCGUCUUGUUCCACGCAUCACCCCGAGUGUUGAGGUCCAGAAUGAAUACCGCCAGUCUCGUCCACCGCCUGAGGAUCUAGAAGCUCUAGGCGCCUGGGCGUCGAGACCUCGCGAGUCAAAGCUGCGUUCGUCUGACGGUUCAGCUGAAGCUUAUCCCUUGGGAAGGAGUAUGACUGGUUCAGAUCUUCUGACCGAAGCGAGGGAGCGACGGAGGGCUCCGUUGAGGAAGAGCUUAUCCCACAAGACUGAUGCGACCUUUGAGAAAUUGCAGAAGGCUUCAGGGAAGAGUGACUCCUCCAUGGUUACGAAGCACGGAAGGUUAGACAUGUCUUCGUCAAGUGAAUUCACAAGGUGUUCUGAUCCACCGCAGAAGACAAGCCCGACACAUGCGGCUCCUGGUGCGUCAAACUCGGUUGGAGUGCCACCAAAGCUCAGCAACAUCACAGUGGGUCGUGCCGAGCGUCAGAAACCCGCACAGCCUACUCCCGCUCUACUCGAAGAGGUAGAAGACCACCGACCACCCACCAAACGACCUCGCAUGGCUCACCAGGCUGCGCCAACUACCGACGCAUCAUCGCGGGUCAAAACUUCCGCACCUCGAGUCACGCAUCGGAAAACGUCGAAGCAGAAUGAGACACAGCAGCUGCCGAGCUUUUAUCAACUCUUGGAGAAACCUCCUACUCCGUCCCCUGCCAUGUCGCCGGCAUCAAACGCUGGGUGGUCCCAGAUGUCGCCUCAUCCCGGCAUGUCGCCAUCACCCAACACUUCGCUGCCUCCGAUGUGGCCAUCCGUAGCGAUGUCUUCUAAGUCUAACGCUCGGCUGCCUCAGAUGCCUACGCCGUUGCCGGUUGCAUCCCUGCGGCCAGCAGUGCCGUGGGAAACGACGCCGGCACGGAUGUCGGAUACGCCGUCAGUGAUGCAGCCUACAACGACGGGCGUCGAGUCUGCCACGUGUUCAACGGACGCCUCGGCGAUUCUGUCAAAGAUUGCUGCUGGUCCGCUAUCGGAGGCCGAUCUGGCGCUUCUGAUUGGUCAGCUGGUGAAUGAGCAGCCGAACACAGCUGGCUGGAAACAGCUGCUGGUCAGAGUGGGCGGUAGCAAUGCUACGGACGAGUCCAUUGUUAGUCACCUCUGCCACCGAAUGGCUCUGAUACCCGAGUCUCCACCGCCCCAACCGAAGGACGAGCGAGGCACCUUUGAUCUCACCGCCGAGCCAGCACCGGAAGUGGCGCGUGUUUGCGCAUGCGCAGUACAGCUUCAGAGACGGAACCGGCCACGACUGCAGGCGCUGUUGAGGACGGCCUGCCGCGAGCAGCUGCUGAGGAGACAACCGGAGCUGCCGCUGCCGGCUCGGCGCCAGCUGCUCCGCCUCCACGCUGCCCUCUGUCGGCUGUGGGGCGCUACUAGUGAGUGUCGCUCGCUGCUCCUAGAUGUCGCCCUCAGACACCCGGCUGAACUGUGCUCCUAUCUGCUGGCUGUUAUGUCCAGCUGGCCACGGGCGUUCGGACGCAGGAAAGACAUCUCGAUCUCUCCGUUGGAGCGUGUUCUUCUCUGCGUGGCUCUCGUCUCCCCUUCUGAAGACCAACAAGAGGUCAUAGGAACCCUCCAGCCGCUGAUCAGAGCUAGUUACGGCAGAGUUGACACAGGAGAGCUGGGAAUCUGUGACGCAGAAAUGCUGGCGGAUCGGCUGGUGAUUGAGAUGACAGAAAGCGACACCGAAGACGCCUCUCUACAACACUGCGCCGCCCUGCUGCUCCUCUCGGCUAUUCGUGGACCUAAGUGGACCAACGACUGUCCCCUGGAGAAGGCCGUGGUGCCGCUGCUGGCGAGGAGAAGUGAUGCGGGGAACAGGACGAUGAACAUGGAGACGGGGGCGGCUGCUGCGGUCAGACUCACAGGGGAUCUGGCGGCGUUCUAUCAGACACCAACCGAUAGACUGAUGGAGGAGGCAGUCUGUAUCUUGGAAGGAGUGACGCUGCAUGGCGCCACGGACGCCGCGUCUCCGGUCACAUCUGCGGCUCGUUACGCCAUUGAUCUGCUUCUACGGCGGCAUCUUCCCGAAGAAACCGAUCGACGACUUAGACAGUGUCUGAGUGCACUGCCGGAGGUGACCGAAAACAGCGCCACCUAUAGUUCAGCGGCGGGAGAAAGCGCCAUCUAUAGUGCCGCGGGUGAUAGCAGUGCCAUCUAUACUGCGUCGGCAGUGAAGGACAACAGUGCCACCUAUACUGCACCUGGCGCUACUAGCGUCAUCUGUGGAGCGGUUGGUGCUUCUGGUGAUAGUAGGGCCAUUCGUGCAACAAACCUCAAAACUGGUGUCGUAGCUGCUGCCACCUGUCGGCCGGUGGACGAAGCUCGUCCCGUUACUCGUUGGUUCGGAACUACCGACGAAUAUUUCUGAUGGCGCCAUCUUGGAUUUUUGGCUGUGAUGUAGGUGUGUGUUUGUGUGUGAGGAAUCUACUGUGAAAAUGUUCAUACAUAACUGAAGGCCAUGUAAGUUAGAUGAGUCGGUUGUCGAUGAUGUCAUGGUUGCGAUAGAAUGAAAUGCGAAAUCUGAUCGGAAGAAGUCGAUUUGUUGUCAUAGUUCAGAUAUCAACCGUUUUUGUCGCAUUGGUAUAUGCUAAUCCAGAGGCAAUGAUGCACUGCCUGGUGGGCUGUGACGUCAUAGGUAACAUACUAUGACGUCACUACAUGAGUGACGUCAGUGACCCAAGCCUAUGAUUAUGUUAGUCAUCAAUGCUCAACUGAUGUAUGGUAUAGUUUCCACUGCCGUUUGAGAGUAAGGUUGAAGAAUAAACGUGCUAUUGCUUGCUACGAUGCCAAA